AUGGCAAACUUGAAUUAUCAACAAGCUCCUAGAAGCCUCGUUAGCGGAGGCGUUGGUGGGCGCGUAGGUUCAGGUUUAGUUAGUGGUGUCUCUGGCCAUGUGACCCCAACAUUUGGUGGCCCGCUGUCUCCUGGCCGGAGCAGUGGGACAGCAAUGCCUGGUGGGGCACCACCCUCAAUGGCAUCAAGGUCAACACUGUUUGGACAGCGAGCAUUUGCUGAUCGGAGAGUGCCAAUACCGACACCACUCUCACAAGCAAAUUCUAAUUCUAUGUCAAGUAUGGCGAGCCUUCCCCGGUUCAAUAGCAGCAACUACCACUCGGUGUUUGGCGAAGGCGGUGACACGUCGACGCCGCCGCUGCUGGAUCUCAGCGAGUUUCCAUCAUUAACAGCGCGAGGGGCAGGAGACCAAGCGCCAGCUGCGGCGCCACCACCGCCGGGCUCUAAACCCUACGUGGGUAUGGUUAAGCAGCCAACGGCAGAACAGUCCGAAUUCACGAUGUCGUCGGAAGACUUCCCCGCGUUGCCGGGCACCUCGAGUGCGGGAGGCGCAGCGCCUGUCGUCCCGCCUCCUGACCUUAUCCAUCCAGACACCAAGCCCCCGAGGAAGGGUAUUCAGACGUCGCCCGAAGUUGUCAAUCAAGGAGCACAUUCGGAAUUUUAUGGUAAAGUUACGAAUAUACCAGAUACCAUGAUACCUAACCAAUAUGGAAUUGUGGGGCUAUUAACCUUUAUACGGGCGGCGGAAUCGGACCCCAGUCUCGUAUCGCUAGCACUGGGACAGGAUUUGACUGCGUUGGGACUCAAUCUCAACUCACCCGAUAACCUUUACUUAACGUUCGCUGGCCCGUGGGCGGAUACGCCCUGUAGACCCCAAGACAUGGACUACCACGUCCCGCCCGAGUACUUGAUAAACGGCUCAAUUAGAGAAAAACUAGCGCCUCUAAGACUCAAUCGAUAUAAGGAGGACUUACUUUUCUAUCUAUUUUACUGUUUCGUCGGUGAUGUACUGCAAAUUGCUGCCGCUGCGGAGUUAUAUAACCGCGAGUGGCGGUAUCACAUGGAGGAAAAAGUGUGGAUCUCUCAGGCGCCAGGUAUGCCCAUGGUCGAGAAGACGUCCACCUACGAGCGCGGCACCUACUACUUCUUUGACGCGCAUAAUUGGCGCAAGGUGGCGAAAGAAUUUCAUCUGGAUUACAGCAAGUUGGAAGGUCGGCCGCAGCUGCCGCCGCACGCGCUCACGUAG